AUUGUGUACAACAGUCAUGAAAGCUUUAUUAUUCAAUAGUCAAUUGGCAUGUCAAAACUUUGAAAAACCAGCCAUACCUAAAACCUUCAUUUCUAUCCUUUUAUUCAUAUCUUCCCUUAUUGUUUAUCUUAUUAGGAUUUCUCAAUACUACAACAAAAGAAAUCCCUUAGAACCCCGACUGCCACCCGGCCCAAGGCCAUGGCCUCUCUUUGGCAGCUGCCUACCAUUAAUGUUGUCAAGUUACAAACGCUCUCCAAGACACCAAUGGAUUCAUACAGUAAUGAAGCAAUUGAAUACUGAAAUUGCUUGCUUCCAUCUCGGAUCAAAUACUCACAUAAUCAUUGUGACUUCUCCAGAACUCGCUCUUGAAUUUCUAAAGACACAUGAUUCUAUCUUUGCAUCACGACCCAUUGCCAGCACCACUGAGAUAUUGAGUUGCGGAUUUCUUAGUACAGUUCUUUCACCAAUGGGAGAUCAGUGGAAGAAGAUGAAAAGAAUCCUUGCUUCUCAUGUUCUCAAUCCAUCGACCCUCCAUCAAAUGCGUGGCCAAAGGAUUAAGGAAGCUGACGCUCUUCUACAUUACAUCUUUGACCAUGCCAGUAGAUGUGAAGCGAUCAACAUCAGAAGCAUUACACAACAUUAUUGUAGCAACAUUAUUAGAAGAAUGGUAUUCAAUAGAAGGUACUAUAAAAAAGGGAGGGAAAAUGAGGGUCCUUCAUUAGAAGAAGAAGACUAUAAUCAAGCAUUGCUUACAAUUUUAAUGAAUCUUUAUUCAUUUUCUAUAUCGGAAUAUAUUGCUUGUUUAAAGCCUUUUGAUCUAGGUGGUCACCAAAAGAUAAUAAGAAAGGCUUUGAAAGUCAUAACAAACCAUGACGGACCAAUUAUAGAGGAAAGAGUGCAGGAAUGGAGAGAUGGGAAGAAAAAGGAGGUGCAAGACAUUCUUGAUAUCCUUAUCACAGUUAAAAAAGAUCAGAAUGGUGAAUCGUUGUUGUCAAUUGAAGAGAUUAAAGCUCAAGUCACGGAGCUGCAACUUGCAACUAUAGAUAACCCUUCCAACGCAGUAGAGUGGGCAAUGAUAGAGUUACUUAAUCAACCAAAAAUUCUACAAAAAGCUGUUGAAGAAUUAGAUGAAGUAGUUGGAAGAGAUAGGUUGGUCCAAGAAUUUGAUAUCCCUAAUCUCAAGUAUCUCACAGCUUGUAUGAGAGAAUCUUUUCGACUUCAUCCAUUUUCACCCUUCAACCUUCCUCAUGUUUCCAUUUCGGACAUUGUUGUGGGUGGGUAUUUCAUCCCAAAAGGUAGCCAAAUUUUGCUAUGUCGUGUGGGUCUUGGCCGAAAUCCAAGAAUUUGGGAGGAUCCAAUGAGAUUUGACCCAGAACGACAUCUAAGAGAUCAGACAGUUAAAUUUGGACUUUCAGAACCUAGUCUUCGAUUCAUCACCUUCACUAGAGGAAGGAGGGGUUGCAUUGGCAGCUCACUUGGCACUAACAUUACCAUGAUGUUAUUUGCUAGACUUCUGCAAGGAUUUUCAUGGAGUUUAUUGUCAGGUUUCUCGGUCCUCCCAAGGCUUAAAUAUCUCUCAAACCAAAUGCAUUCAAGAUUUGGAUCAUGGAGAAAAUUUAUCUAAAUGUACGCCCCUUAGCACAUCCAUAGCCGUAGGUAAAACUUUGUCGUUUCAUGAUGGUGAGCCUCUUGAUGAUGCUACUAAAUAUUAAAGUCCUCGACCUAAUAUCAGUUUAUCUGUAAACAAGCUCUGUGAAUUUCUUUGUGCCCCAAAAACAAUGCAUAUUCAGGUUGUUAAACAA